AUUACCUAACCCUAGUCAUGUGACCGAGACGUAGGGAAAAGAAAGAAAACAGGAAGCUGUGUAGAGUUGCAAAACGCAGAGCGACAGUGUGUCGUAUUUGGAGUGUAUAAGAUAUGGAAUUGUUAACGAGAUUUACAUUUGUAUCAGCAUGCUUAUUUGCAGAGUGGGCUGUUACUUUCAUUGCCGUUGCUAACUGCUCUAUUUCCCCCUCAGAAAUGAAUGGCGAUAGUGCACUAAAGCUGCCAUCAGCAGUCAUUCCUGUAUCACAGAAGAGCACUCUGGGAUCUUUCUACUCUCUCAGUCUUUCAUCUACAUUUCCAGAAGACUUGGAAGUCAACGAGUAUUGUACUGAACUGCUUCGCAUCUACGGCCAACGCUACGUGACUUUCGCGAACUGCCUCGUGACUUACGCACGACCUGUCAGAGUCUGUCAGAACUGUUACACUGGCUUCAACAGUCUGGAGGACAUUUAUAAAAACAUAUCAUUUGACAAAUCUGCCCCUGGAAAUGUCAGUUGCCAUGACAGCCUGAUGCGUUCUGAUAGGUUGAUGCUGCUCUAUACCCUCUUCAUCAAAUUAGAUGAGAUCUGGACAUCAGCAGAAUGCAAGCAAUGUCUGAAUGAAGAUCAAGAUGCUCUUUCCAAUGAUACUCUUUACUUCAUGGCCACUCUGAAUCAGUCACUCUCCUGCUUUGAACAAUAUCAGAGGAACCACACUGAACUGUGUAAAGACUGCAAAACCUCAUACAAAAGGUUGAACGAGGUCUAUGGUAGAAUGGAGAAAAACCAAAUGCUCUGCAUUGAUUUGGAAGACGCAAUGAACAUGACACAGCACCUGUGGAGUAAAAACUUUAGAUGCUUGUUACCUCGUGAGGAGACGGUGCCUGUCAUCGCAGUGUCCAGCUUCAUGCUCUUCCUCCCCAUCAUCUUUUACUUAAGCAGCUUCCUGCACUCAGAACAAAAGAAGCGCAAGCUUAUACACCCCAAAAGAGUCAAGUCUAGCAGCAGCCUAAUGAAUAUCCAAGACAAAUUCAGCUGAGUGGAGAUGAGGCGAGGAGAGGAAGAGAGGGCACUGAAUCUUUGGUUCACCUCUCCUGCUAUAAACCAACAGGCACUUUCAGCAUGAAUGGGUAGGGUUCUCAUCUUCUCCUGGACUCCAAGCACAUCCGGGAUCAAAGACUUUAUGAUGCUCCACAGAUGCUUUAUUCAUUUCCUAUUUAAAUCUGAUUUUUUUUUGCGCGAUUUGUGAUUUGCACUAUUGAUUUAAAUACGCCAAUUGCAAGUUUUACUGGUAAUUCUACUGAUUUUCUCAGAGGAUCAGUGAUGAUUUCAAUAAUUACAGUGGAUGCUAGUAUUAUAUUAUUGUAUUUAAGGUAUGAAGGAGAUGUGAUCCCGAAAGAGGGAAAUUUAUCUUGUACAUUAGACUGGUUAUUCUGCAUUUUUACUGCACUAACAGACCAUGUUACAUUUUUUGUUCUUUAUUUUCCUAGGUGAUAACAAACUCACACACACACACAGUACAUGGCAAUGGUACCACUUCUGGAAGCACUCCAUGUGCAUUAGAGAAAGAUCUUGUAACAAAUACUUUAUUCAGGGUCAAAGGUGUAUGCAGUGAGUAGCGGAGAAAAGUAAAGGAUGGAAGAGGCAACAUGAAGCCUCUUUAGAUGGUCCAUGUGCCUGUUUACUUCACUUUUUGUUUUACAAUGGAUUUGCCAUAGUCUUCUCCCAUUGUGUGGUUCUAUACUAAACUGUCAGAUAUUUAAUGAACACACCAAUUAUUCUAAAAAAGACAUGGAAUAGGAAAGCUUAAUUAAUAGAUCUUUCAUUUUUUGUACUCAGAUGUUGUUGACCAUAGCAUUAAGUAAAGUGUUAUUUUGUAUACUCUGAAUGCAGUAAGGUUUAUUCAUAGGAUAUUUGCAUACUUCUAUAGUUGCGAAAUAGUUUUCAAUUCAAAUAGCUUCCUCAUACCUCUAUUUUAAUUUUGCUUAACUCCUACAGCCUUCCUUGGUGCGAUUGACAGGCUUGUUGUUUUCAGGUUUACGUGGACUUUCCUUGGAUUGCAAAGCACCUGUUUCCCCAGUCAUUAGCAGCUAAUCUAAAUGUAGGAUAAAGUUACUUGGCCGAUUAAUCGUAACAACACAUCCGUUAAGCUGCAUUGGCUUUUUGGUCUUAUGGAGCCAAGCCAUUGCCUAUCACACUGCCUGUUAAGCGCAUUUCACUUGAUUUAUCCAAUCAUAUGAUCGUACAGGAAGAUAUGGGGAAAAAUAGCCUUUUCAUUUGUGGCUCAUGAGUGCAAUGUCUAACAAGAAUGACCGCUUUCAUCCCUGCAAUGCCAGAUCUGUUGGUGAACGUCAUUACUCCUGACCUGACUGCCAAAUGUAGCAACCAGGCGAAUUUUAUGGCCACGUGUUCGAGGAACUGACGCAAAACCUGAAAUACCUUUUGAGAUGUAUGACCCGAGCCUUACUUUACCUGACAAGAACCUUGGAGAGGAUGAGGGGGAACUGGUGGGGGAUGUGAGAUUAUCCUUCAUCACGUUUUGCCUUGGUAAAAUCGGAGCAGUGACUUUGGACCUUGAGCAGUGAGCCCAUUAUGAAAUAUCCCUGAGCCUGAAACUCAGCAGGGACUGAUCCAACAAACCUUCAAAUUAGCUGCUGCAUUGUUUAAAUGUUGCCAUUAGGAUUUUGGAUGACUUGUCAUUAUAAAUCAUUUUUGUGUGUUGAUUAAUGAUUGUGCUCUUUUGGAAAAACUUGCUUACUAUCAAAAGUGUGAUUUUAUUUUCACAUUUUGUAAGGCUGUAAUUUUAUUAUG